AUGUCGACUUCACAUGCCAAUGCCGUGCCUGACACGCAGCUAGGCCUGAGCAAUGAAGAAAUCCAACUCCUACGACAAGGGCAGGCGGCUUUGGGUCAAGGGGGAACCGGGGGCGGCUCCAGCUCCUCUAGAGCCGCCAGUCGCGCGUCUUCUCAGGGAUUACUGAUAUUGGACAGCUCCUCCCUGACGGCCCUCGGGCGCUACUUUGACCACGUCAUGUCCCAGAUUGAGCAGCAGAUUCUGUAUCUGAGCGAGCAGAGCCAAACCUUCACCAUGGCCCAGUUCGACCGGGCUGGCAACCUGAUCGAAGGCGCCGACGCCGAGAUUGAGCGUUAUCACGAUAUCAUAAGGCAGCUAGACGAGCUGGAACUCGAUUUCGACCGCAUCCGCCAUAUCAAAGACAUUGUCAAGGGCUAUCGAUCCAGGGUUGAAGAGAUGGAGAGAGAGCUCGAACGCAGCGGCGGCGGCGGCUCAUCUUCGAGACAUCGUGACGGUCACCACUCGUCCCACCGACAUGGACAUCGACACGGUCACGAGAGCUCCCGGCGACACCGUCGGUGA